AUGUCUCUCUCCGGAAAGGUUAUCCUUAUCACUGGCUCUUCUCAAGGGAUCGGCAAAGCCGUUGCUCUGCACCUCGCCAGUAAAGGUGCCAGUAUCGUCAUCAAUUACAAUUCCAAUUCAGCCGAGGCCGAUAAAGUGGUCAACGAGAUCGGAUCGGAUCGAGCAAUUGCCAUCCAAGCCGACGCUGGAAACCUGGCCGACUUGGACCGUCUGGUCGAUACCACCGUCGCUCGGUUUGGUAAGAUUGAUGUGGUUGUUCCCAAUGCAGGCAUCUUGCCUAUGAGAGAUCUGGAGAGCACCAGUGAAGAGGACUUCGAUAAAACUUAUAAUUUGCUGGUGAAGGGGCCGUACUUCCUCGCCCAGAAAGCAGUGAAGCAUAUGCCAGCAGGCGGCCGUGUCAUCUUUGUUUCCAGCUCAGUUCUCAGCACCAGCUCCAUCGGCCCCGCAUACCUUCUUUAUGGAUCUGCGAAGGGUGCAAUUGAGGGUAUGACCCGUAUCAUGUCGAAGGACUUGGCGCGAAAGGGAAUUUUGGGCAAGUCAGAGCAAGUUCUCAAGACCGUUGCAGGAUUCAGUCCUUUCAACCGCAUCGGGGAGCCAAGUGAGAUUGCUUCAGUCUUGGGAUUCCUAGCAGGAGAGGACAGCAAAUGGAUGUCUGGCCAGAUUGUCCGAGUCAAUGGUGCUAUGGCAUAG